AUGGAGGUGGAGCACGGCGAAGAGAUGAUGGUGGUCGUGGCGGGGGAGGAGGAGGGGUGGCAGACGCCGAGGCGCGAGGACUGCCGCAUCCCGGUGGUGCCACCGUGCCCGGCGGCGCCGCCGAGGAAGAAGGCCGUCGCGAUAGCGGAGGCGGCCGGAGGGAGCGGCGGCGGCAGGCGCCGGGACCCGCCCAAGGUCGGGUACUUCCAGCCGCCGGACCUCGAGUCCCUGUUCGUGCUCGCGCCGCGGCGGAGGCAGGCGGCCUCAAGCUGUGCGUGA